AUUUUAUUUUCGUGAAGGUGGUAGAAGCUUGAAAUAUUGCUUCGUAAGUACGCCAUUUCAACUUAAAGCUACAAAAUAAGGCUUCUUUUGAUAGGUGACACCAGUAAGGCCUAAACGUUCACUGUAUUUGCACUGUAUUUGUUGAAGCUCUUCUAUUGGAUAUUGGGAUGUGACGUGCAUUAUUGGUGCUUAUAAAUAUAGACUGCCAAGUUUCAAGAGCUUAGAAUGUUGUAAUUAGAGAACGGGACUGAGUACAUGAAAAAAGCUCCAAAAGAUAUAAUUUCUAGCGAAAAAGAGGGCGAUAUGAUGGCAAGUAAAUAUCGUAUUGAAUAAAAACGCCCAGGCUAACAGUCUGAUUUCCUACACUGUGAAGUGAGAGUGAAAUGACUACCCAAGACCAAAGCUAGCCUCACUAGUGGUGAUAAAAACUAUUAAUGUACACCAAUGCUGACAUACUAAAUGAAGCAGUAAGUCCACGAUUUUCAUAGGUUAUCCUAAUGUGGGGAGUCUAAACUUUAAAAAGGGAAGAUUCUUAAUUCUACUCAUAUGUUUAAAACAACCGGACAUCAUUCUCUUAUCCCCUUGCCUUGUCGCACAUGCGACAGAGGCUUGGUUCCAGAAAAGCUGCACAGCCACGGGGGUCAUGAAAAAUAUAAGCUGGGGGCCAUUAUAAACAACAAAGACCGAAGAUCUGCUGAAGAAGCAGAAACAAACAACUUCAAAGCAGAGGAGAACGAGUCAAAUCAAGAGAUAAGCUCACCUACUGUAUAUCAAGAAAAAACGAAAACCACCAAACGGAAUAGGAAGAAAGGUUAUCCAAAGAACUCUUCUGCAACUCACGAGACAAAAUUGUGUAAUAUUACUGAUAUCACACGUGUAAAGAAUGAGAUAAAUACUGAUGUCAUUGGCAGUUCAAAAAUUCAAACCACAGCUGAUGUCGCCACCAGGGGUCCUCGGACUGUUAUAUGUUAUAUUUGCGGACGUGAAUAUGGAACAAAAUCUCUACCAAUUCACGAACCUCAGUGCUUAGAGAAGUGGAAACGACAAAAUGAUACAUUACCAUCUGACCAGAAACGCCCUCUACCACAAAAACCUGAAACUUCUGAAGGUUUAACGAGACAGGAAUACAAUGAUGCUUCUUGGGAGAUUUUUCAGUCCAACUUGGUUCCAUGUCGAGAUUGUGGUCGCAAGUUCCUCCCAGACCGUCUUCCAGUCCACCAGCGAGUUUGCAAGGACAGAAGCAGCAAGACAAGUGAAGAGACAGAAGAGACUAGUCUGCCUUCUCUGAAAAAGCCGUUACCCAGAAAACGUCCGUUUGUGACCUGCUACAUAUGUGGCCGAGAGUUCGGGACUAAGUCCAUCUCCCUCCAUGAACCACAGUGUCUCCAGAAGUGGAAAAUAGAAAAUAACUUACUUUCACCAGAACUGAGAAGAUCAGAACCCGUAAAACCUGAAACAGUCUUUAAAGAGAAUGGGAUAAUUGACCUAGAUGCCAUGGCAGAUGCCGCAUGGAAGAGCCACUUAAAACAACUGGUGCCAUGUGAUCGCUGUGGUCGAACAUUCUUUCCUGAUCGGAUGGUGGUGCAUCAACAAAAUUGCAAGUUUUCAUCACCAUGAAGUCACAAGACAAGCUUAUUUAUCUUAGAUUUUAAUAGCUCUUGUCUCUAGUUGCAAAGUUUGGUAACUUCCUAGGGCUGGAUAACAUUUGGUGCACAAAGUUAAGUUCUAAUAAUGUAGAAAAUCGCUAUAACUUCAUUAAUUAUGUCUUAAAAAAAACUUGAAAUUUAUAAAGUGUAACUCAAUAUGCUUCAGUCACUGACAAGAUAACAGUAGUUAUUGUGUUUAGUGGUGUUCGUCCAACUUCAAUCACUGACAGUAUAACAGUAGUCAUUGUGUCUAGUGGUGUUCGUCAGACUUCAGUUACUGACAGGAUAACAUAAUGGUGUUUUUCAGACUUCAGUUACUGACAGGAUAACAUAAUGGUGUUUUUCAGACUUCAGUCACUGACAAGAUAACAGUAGUUAUUGUGUCUAGUGGUUUAUGCCAGACUUCAGUCACUGAAAGGAUAACAGCAGUUAUUGUGUCUAGUGGUGUACGCCAGACUUCAGUCACUGACAGGAUAACAUAAUGGUGUAUGUCAGGCUUCAAUCACUGACAGGAUAACAGUAGAUAUUGUGUCUAGUGGUGUAUGCCAGACUUCAGUCACUGACAGGAUAAUAUAAUGGUGUAUGUCAGACUUCAGUCACUGACAGGAUAACAGUAGUUAAUGUGUCUGCCACUGGUAUAAUAACAACAGGGUUUAUGUGUCUGUCUUAGAUACAAUACCAGUAAGUUUUGUUGUGUCUGUCACUGG